AUGACACAGUUCUUAACACUCCUCUCUUUCUCCUCUCCUCAUCCCCUCCUCCUCUCCUCUCCCCCUCCCAUCCCCCUCUCCUCUCCCCCUCCCCUCCCCCUCUCCUCUCCCCCUCCCCUUCCCAUAUCCUCUCCCCCUCUCCUUCCCAUAUCCUCUCGUCCUCCCCUCCCCUCUCCUCUCCACCUCCCCUCCCCCUCUCCUCCCCCUCCCCUCCUCAUCUCUCCUCCCCCUCCCUUCCACCUUUCCUCUCCCCCUCCCCUCCCCUCUCCCUCUCCUCUCCCCCUCCCCUCCCCUCUCCAUCUCCUACCCCCCUCACCUCCCCAUCUCCUCUUUCCCUCCCCUUCCCUUCCUCGUGAACACAACCCUCUCUUUCUCCCCACCCGCCCCGCCCUCUCGUCUGCCCGCCAGCUAACGGCAGCAUCCAGCGAAUCUCACAGAGCUCUGGUUCAGGUGCACACAGGGAACAACCUGCCCCUACUCUCUCCGCAACCCUCCCACAACCCCCUUCCUGCGCCCUCACUCUGCCUACCGGCAGCAUCCAGUGAAUCUGACAGAGCUCUGGUUCAGGCGCACACAACCCUUCUCUCCCUACUCUCUCCGCAAACCUGCCACGACCGCCUUCCUCCGCCCUCCCUCUUCCCUCCAGCUACCGCCAGCGUGCACUACCGGCAGCGUGCAGUGAAUUUGGACAGAACGUUCUACCGGCAGCGUGCAGUGAAUCUGGACAGGGCGCUCUUCCAGGCGCACAGAGGGCACAAGCUCAUGCGGGACGUGCGACCCGCUGUCACUCGCUUCCACGUCUUCAUGGCCUGCAAGCCUAGCAGCUUGCCAUCUUUUCCUGCCGCCUGCCCUUUCACUUUCCAUUUCGUACCACCCUCCCCCCACCCCCGCCUGCUCCUGCCUCCGACUGACCUUCCAUCUCCUCCAUCCUCCGCCCUUCCCACUUGCACCCCUCCUGUCGGAUCCUCUCCCCCCUUUCUCUUGGGCACCUCUGCACUCGUAUCCGCGUAUUCCCCCUCCUUCCCCAUUCACACCUCAACACUGCGCGGCCUGCAAUUGGAUCAAGGCGCUGCAACUGAUGGCCCGCCCCCUCUUCCCAUCCUCCCCCAUUCCGUCUGCUUUGUGCUGCAACUGGGUCAAGGCAUUGCGUCCCUUCUUGAGCUACGUCCUAUGGGAGCCCGCCACUUGAACCCCCCCCUCCUCCCACAGGAGCCCACCACUCGUCCCUCAUCCGCUAAUUCCUAUGAGAGCCCACCGCUUAAAUCCUCCUCUUCACCUUCCACCGCCCCCCUCCCCGCUCUCCUCUCGCCACCACAACUCGCCAGGCUGCAACUGGAUCAAGGCGUCUCGUCCCUCCCUGCUAUACGUCCUAUGGGAGCCCUUCCUCCCCUCUCUACGGGAGUUCACCACCGGCGCCCUACUUGCCAUGUCCCAUUCCCCCUCGCCCUCCCCACCGCACGCGCUCCAGGUUGCAACUGGAUCAAGGCGUCGCGCCCCUUCCUGCACUACGUUUUAUGGUUGCAACUGGAUCAAGGCGCCGCGGCCCUUCCUGCGCUACGUCCUAUGGGAGCCCGCCAGCUGUACAUGGCUGACGUCAUCGACUCAGACGAGCACUACUUCAGCACCGUCGCCUGCCAGAAAGCUCGCUUCAACCGGUCCCUGCUCAACGCUAGCCUGCAUUUCGCCACAUUCGCCAAGGGCAGCCCGGGUAAGUUCACCUUCCCAGUGCUUGACUGUGUGUUGUGCCCCGCCAACCCCAUUCACUCGGACGAGCAUCACUUCAGCACCGUGGCCUGCCACUCGCCCCACUUCAACCGCACGCUCCUGAAUGCGAGUCUCCAUUUCGCCAAGGCCAGCCCGCACUCCCUCGAGCACUCCCUCAAGAUGAACGACUCCUUCUACAAGGCAUUCACCAGUGGCGUCGUCCUCUUUGCCAGGAAGUUUCCUCGCAACUCACCGACUCUGGAUAGGAUUGACAGCGGCAGCCUGAUAGCAUCACCCCCGGCACUUGGUGCUCUCUCCCUGCCUCCACUGCCUCCAACCAUGCCUCGCCUCCCGAUUUUUACUCAACACCUGACCCCUCAAGCAGCCGUGAUGGCACCACUGGCAGCAGCAGCAGUGUUGGUGUUAUAG